AGACGUGUAUCAUAUGACACAAGUAUGCAACGUCAUUUGAACGAGUGAAAGUACAGAUUGGAUAAGGAGAAGUCACCAGACACUUCUCUAGAAGAAGCAUUCUGCAUUCCAAACUAAUUUGAUUGGCACAUAACUUUCCAAAACCGGACAUGAGCUUCACCUUAUAGUAUUCACAUCACGUUGCGUUGCCAAGCCUUGUUGACCGACUCUCAGGUCAUUAGUCAGUGGUCAUGAGACACAGUAAUGCCACUUUCCCUUACCUAGAGCUAGUCAGACCGUUGGGUCUCUGAAGGGGCCCAGCCUCUGGUAUUAGCAGAACGAUUGGUAUUGGAAGUGGUCGUGGCGGUCGGUGUCUUUUUACGACGGCCGGGAAGGUGCCUAGCGAACCCCUGGACUCCAAACUGAUCCGUCCACAGCCAGGAAUGUGCGUGAAGACCCUGUCGCAGACGGACAAUCAGAAGAUCUUCGUCAACAUCUGUCAGUCCCCCUCAGUCCCGCCCCCCCCCGAGCUCUCCAGGGACGAGCUGGUGACCCUCCUCCAAUCAGAGGACCCCACCGGCUACAGAGUUCCCAUGAGCCUCGGCGAGCCGCACACGGAAAUGGACAACGGCUCCCAGAGUUGUACUGCCUACGAUGUGGUCAUCAGCGAGGCCUUCUACCAAAAGAGCCUGAAGGAUCCUCUGUUCCAGCAGUUCCUCAUCAUGGUGUCCUUGGAGGGCUUAGAGAACAAAUACCACCUGGAACUGAGCCGAGACUGGAAGAUUCUGAAGAACCGGAAAUUCUUUGGUUCUGUGAGCGAGCAGAACAUUCGAACCAAGAGCCAACCUGUUAUCCAGGAACUCCCGCAAACGGAUUGCUCCAGGGACACAGCGAGAAGACCAGAGUUCAGUCUGCUGGUUGAGCCUCCCACAGGGAGGCCACAGUACCUCAUAGCGGAGGUCCAGCUGCCUGGAGUGCGGUCGUGCAGGGCGCUGGUCCUUGACGUUGGGGAGGACCGCCUGGUGCUGACGGCCCGGCCCAACCUCUUCCACCUCGACGUCUUCCACCCCCUGCUGGUGGACCAGGGGGGCAGCGUGGCCCAGUUCAACACACACACACAGAUUCUGACCAUCACAAUGCCUGUAGUGUCUUCAUGAUGCCAGUCGCAGUGUCUACUUGUUAUUUAAAAGAAGAAUGGUGUAAGAGAAAUAAACAUUAUUUUUAAAAGUA